CUCCUCAUCUGCAAAGUCACCUCGCAGAGGAUCGCUUGUCCCCGGCCGUACUGUAAACGGAUCAUCAACCUGGGGUCUGUGCGUGCGGGGCCCAGCAGUCCUGACCCCGAGCCCCAGCCUCCUGGGGUCCGCGUCAUCUGUGGCCACUGCAAGCACACCUUCCUGUGGAGGGAGUUCACGGACCGGACUCUCGCUCGCUGUCCACAUUGUCGUCGUGUAUCUUCAAUCGGGAGGAGGUAUCCCCGCAAACGGUGCCUUUGGAUUUUCAGCCUCGGAUUCCUGUUGGCCGUCGUCUCGGCUGUAGUGGCAGUGACGACGUGGAGGAACGCCAGACACUACCAUGGGAUCUACGCUGCCUGGGCAGUGCCCAUCACCCUGAGCGUCUGUUGCCUGGUGCGGGCCUGCUACUGGGGCUGCAUGAGGGUCAGUCACCCCAUCCAGAACUUCUCCUGAUCAGAGAAAGGGCCCCGGACCCUGGAAUCAUCGGGAAACUGCACAUCCUAGACGGAGCCACUCAAUGCACUGAGGAGCAAACUGACGGACUGAGGGACCACGCGGCCAUUUUCUGAGGAGCCUGUGUCCAGUGACCCGUACUACAGCCCAGUGUCCGGUCACCCCCUCGUACCCCACCCUCUGUCUGGUGACCUGCACUGCACCCGGGAUCCGGUCACCCUCUCUCCCAACCCUGUCCAGGGACCCCUUCCCCCCCUCACUCCCCGCCCAGUGUCCAGGGACCCACACUACAGCCCAGUUUCUGGUCACCCCCCCCCACCCCCCUUCCUGCCCUGUGUCCAGGGACUCACAUUUCAGCCCAGUGUCACUGGGACUGUGUCUCCCUCUCCCCCAGACCAUUCACCCCGGCCUGUCCCAGCUUGGGGCAGGUCUUGCAGAUGGACCGUGCUGUGUUGGUGGGAGUUCUGUCCUCGUGUGACUGGGUCACUCACCCAACCCAGGACAAGGGAACGGGCAGGCACAGGCCUAUCCGCUGCGUGGAGAGUUGUGGGAUCGGUGUUUCCCCAUGGCGGAUGCAGGUCUGUGUGGCUUCAGUUGUUGGAAGGCAUCAUGGGUAAUUGGCGCUCCUUUAAGGGUGUCUGGAUCCUAUUGGUUGAUCGGUGUGUAUCUGUCUCCCCAUUGGUGGAUCGAUGUAUCUCUGUUCCCCCAUUGGUAAAUUUGUGUAUUUCUGUGCCCCAUUGGUGGAUCAAUCUAUCUUGUCUCUCUUCCCCCUCUCCAAUGGUGCUUUGGUUUCUGUCUCCCCAUUGGUGGAUUGGUCCACCUUUGUGCUCCUUCUACCUCUGACCCCCCUCCCCAUUGGUGGAUCGGUCUGUCUGUCACCCCACUGGUGGAUUAGUCUACCUCUGCUCUUCCCCCCCACCGAUUGGAUUGGUUUAUCUAACUCCUGAUUGGUGGAUUGGUAUUGCCCUCCUCCACCCCCCCCCGUUCCUGUGGGUGAUGGGGUGGGUGGUGCACUCUAUGGCACUGGACUGAGCUGUGGCACUGGGUUUGCACACAGCUCCUUCGCUUGUUGGAUCACACUAAUCGCUACGCUUGCUGUAUCAUGCCUUCUAUUUAACAGUGGAAAUUAAUUUUAUGUUGAUUUAACAAUAAAGGGUAAAUGAUUUUAA